AUGUGUAAUACUUGUGAAAGAGCUAUAUAUAAAGGAAAGAGACCUGCAGCCAAAAGUGAAUUAAGUGUUAAUCAGUGUUCUAGUGUCAAUAAUUUUGAAAAAAUAGAAGAAGAUAAUUAUGAAGAUAAUGAAAAACAAGAUCCCUCGUUUCAAUGCAAAACUGUUGAUAAUGAAUUAAAAGUAGUAAAAAUAAAUAAACUUUUAAUAGAAAUAGGUGAACCACCAAUAAAAAUAAAACGUGGGUCUAGUGAAAAAUGUAAAAAAGCUGUUUUAGUUGCCAUUAAUAAAUUAAGAGACAAAGAUGAAGAUCCGAAUAAGCAACUUCUCAAUAAUUGUAAGGCAGCUUUUUUUCAAAAGACCACUAAAUUUGAAAAAAUCCAAGUUUUAACGACACUUCCACUAAGUUGGACAACAAAAAUGAUAAGACGUGAAUUUCAAGUCUCACGGAGAAUGGUACGUUUUGCUAAAAAAGUAAGGGAACAAUCAGGAUUUGCAUCACAGCCUCCCAAAAAAAAGGGAAAAACACUACCUACUUCAACGUGUGAAAAAGUUAAACAAUUUUAUUUAUCUGAUAAUGAUAGUCGUAUGAUGUCAGGAAUAAAGGAUUGUGUUACUGUUAUAAAAAAUGGGGCCAAAAUUAAAAAACAAAAGAGAUUGUUGCUAUUUAACACAGAUGAUAUACAUAAACAUUUUCAAGAGGCUUUCCCUGAUGAAAAAAUUGGUCUUACCAAAUUUCGAGCUUUACGACCGACUGAAUGUAUAUCAGCUGGUCAAAGUGGAACACACAACGUAUGUGUGUGUAAAAUUCACCAGAACGUUAAACUACAAUUAAAUGGACUUAAAAAUGAACUAAAAAAAAAAGAAACCCUUUUUUCUGAAACAUAUAGUGACUUAAUAAAAACCUCUGUUUGUGAUAAAUCAACAUCGGCUUGUUUUUUCUCUUUGUGUACUUAUUGUCCAGGGGUGAACUGUAUUAUUGAAAAACUUAAAUUUCUGCUAGAUACACAUGGAAUCAUAGAAAUAACAUACAGCCAAUGGAUAAAUACGGACAGAAGUGAAAUUGUUGGAAAAACGUGUAAAAAAGAAGAGUUUCUGGAUAGUUUAAAACAAAAGUGGGCAGAAUUAUUGAGGCACGACUUUUUGGCAAAAUCACAAGCUUCCUAUUUUACAAAUAAAAAAGAAUUUGUUGAAGCUGGUGAAUUUAUAGUUUGUCUUGAUUUUGCAGAAAAUUAUACUUUUGUCGUUCAGAACGCAAUUCAGUCGCAUCACUGGUCCAAUACCCAGGCAACAAUUCAUCCUUACGUGGUGUAUUAUAUAGAUAAUGACGUAAAGAAACACAUAAAUUACGCCACAUCUCAUGGCAAAGGAGCAUGUGAUGGAUUGGGAGGAAGUGUAAAAAGACAUGCGUAUCGCACUAGUCUCCAACGUGACAAUGACGGACAUAUAACAACAGCGCAGUCAUUGUACGAAUGGGCAAACAGUUUUUUUAAAAAUAUUAAUUUUGGUUACUGUUCACAAAAUGAUCAUAAUUGCCACGAAGCUAAAUAUAAAUCUCGUUUAGAACAAGCUAUCACCGUAAAAAAUACCCGAAAGUACCAUUAUUUUGAAGCUUUAGAUAAAGAAACUCUAAACUGCAAAUUUUUUUCAAAAGAUGUAAAAACCACAAUACAUAAAGUUAUUAGAAAUUAUUAA